ACCCCUCCCCCACCAUCCCCGCAUUCCCAGCAUUCCCGGAAUUCCCAGAAUUCCCGGCGUUCCCCCGGCCCGGCAGGACCCCUCCCCAAUUUUGGGGACCCCCCCCCCCCCCCAAUGGCGGCCGAGCUGGACAACGUGGAGGCCGCCCCUCCCCCCAACAACAACAACGACCCCUGGGACCCCCCCCCGGAGCCCCGAGCCUGGGGGGACCCCAAAAUCUUCGAGUGCUCCCGGAUCAAGGCCUUGGCAGACGAGCGGGACGCGGUGCAGAAGAAGACCUUCACCAAGUGGGUGAACGCCCACCUGGCGCGCGCCGCCUGCCGCGUCGGCGACCUCUACUCGGACCUGCGCGACGGCUUCGUGCUCACGCGGCUGCUCGAGGUGCUCUCGGGGGAGACCCUGCCCAAGCCGACGCGGGGCCGGAUGCGGAUCCACUCCCUGGAGAACGUCGACAAGGCCCUGCAGUUCCUCAAGGAGCAGCGCGUCCACCUGGAGAACGUCGGCUCCCACGACAUCGUGGACGGCAACCACCGCCUGACCCUCGGCCUCAUCUGGACCAUCAUCCUCCGCUUCCAG